AUGACGACCGAUAAUGUUAUUACGACUCAACCCAUAAGUAAUCUUACAAGAAUAUCAGAUCAGCCGCCUAGAUAUGAAGAGCUGAUUUCUGCGCAACCGCUUUCUGAUGUAGGUGAAAAUGUAAAUACAGAACUUACAAAUAUUAAUAUUGACGCUGUGCAGGAGUCUGCUACAGGAAACGCUGAAGUUGAAGAAAGAAAAAGACAAAAUCGCCGAUGCUGUGAUGAUUGCUGUUUUUUAAACAAUGACAAUGAUUGUUCUACCUGCGGAUGGUUUUUAGAUUUUUGCCAAUGUUUAGCGGAUUGUACAGAAUCUUGUGUAAACUGUGCGGAUUGCCUGCAUGAUUGUUGUGAAUCAAAUACAGUAGAACAUAAUGACGGUGGAUGUUGUGAAUUCAAUACAGUAGAAGAAUAUAAUGACGGUGGAUGCUGUGAUUCUGGUGGUGGUUGUGGAGGGGACAGUGGAAACAAUGAUGAUUGUAAUUGCUUUGAUUAG